AUUUCUCUGCUUGUGGUGGAUGAAAGGUCACAUAAAUCUAAAAAGUGUAGAAAUGAUGAGAUUAUGGCAGAGACAAGUGUUCUCCUUGAAGAGACUAAGCUUGCUGGAAGUCCCAGAGCAGCCCCCGUAUAUCUGUGGCGUGUACAUGUGAAAGGUAUAAAAAUUCACUACACAGUGACUCACACAUUAUACCUACAAAUUGGGCGCAACGAAACUGCCUCAGUUGAGUUAAUAUUGGUUAUGAACAACAUAGCAGAUAGCAUAUAUAGACCACAUGGUUUCAUUGUGUUUGUUCGUGUUCUAUGUAUUUGGAACGAUUAUGACCACUUUGGCGUAGGUGGCUAUCUGUCUAAUACUCACCUACUUAUGGAAAUGUUUGGGUAUUGGAUAGAAAGAUUUUAUGGGGAUUUUUUCCAAGCCGCUUCAGCUCUUAUCACAUCAACAAAACAUGGAAACACAGAUUAUGCAAGCAUUCAGAAUGGAUUUUGCAACCCCAACUGGGGAGUAUUAUAUACAUAUGUAGGAAAUAACCAUUUAUUUCUGGCUGGAUCUUUCAUGGCUCAUGCACUGGGUCACAUGUUGAAUUUAACACAUGAUACUCCAGGCUGUGUUUGUUUCAGAAGGAGCAGUUGUCUCAUGGAUGAAUUUCCUACUCUUCAGGAUAUGAUGAGCAAUUGUUCUCAUUCUAUGAUACAUAGGAGGAUCCAUGGUUGGGACCCUUGCCUUAGCUCACAGCUUUCUACAUAUAAGGAUUUAAAAUAUGCAGUUCCUCGUUGUGGAAAUAAGGUAGUGGAAGACAGGGAGCAAUGCGACUGUGGAUCUUUUAAGGACUGUUUGUCUAACUUGUGUUGUGGAACCAAUUGUGAGUUAAUUCAGGGCAGCGCGUGUGCUUCAGGAGGUUGCUGUGAAUCUUGUAAAUUUGCACCCACUGGAACGAUAUGCAGAGACAAACUUGGUAUUUGUGAUCUUCCAGAAUUCUGUAGUGGAAUCUCAGAGAAUUGCCCAGGAAAUGUUUACAUCAUGGAUGGAACUCCUUGUUCUCCACUAGCAGUUUGCGUGUUAGGAAACUGUAGCGACCGUCACUUGCAGUGUCAAGCUCUUUUUGGAUACCAAGUAAAGGAUGCUUCACCAGCAUGCUAUAGAGAAUUAAAUUCCAGAGGUGAUCGAUUUGGAAACUGUGGUGUUAAAAUCAAACGAGGUGGAAGUGGACCUCUCCCAUGUCAACCGGAGGAUGUGUUUUGUGGACUAAUCCACUGUGAUGGUGUCAGUCGUAUUCCUGGUGGAGGUGAGCACACCACCUUUUAUCACAUAAAGGUUCCAGAUGUUAAAGAAGAACAAUGCUUUGGGUAUGAUGCACACCAUGGGACAGAAAUUCCAGAAAUGGGGCUUGUAGUGGAUGGUGCAAACUGUGGCCCUGGCAAAUUCUGUAAAGGUCAGAGAUGUGUUUCUCAUAAUUCUUUGAAUUUUAAUUGCAACAUUAGUAUGUGUAACUUCAGAGGGGUGUGUAACAACAAAGGCAACUGCCACUGUGUUCACGGGUGGCAACCACCACAUUGUAUACAAAGAGGAACAGGUGGUAGUGUAGACAGUGGUCCUCCACCUACCACUGAGAAAAGUCUUCGAGCCGAAUUACGUGUGAGUGUCAACAGGCUAAUAGUCAUUUUAGGGAUUCGCAUGCUUCUUAUCUUGACUUCGAUUCUUUUGGGGGCAAUUUUAAGAGCAGUGUUUGUUCCAGAAACUAAAGAAGAGACCCAACAACCUACUCUUAACAAAUAAUUUACUUCAUACCAAAAUAAUUGAAACCACACAAUGGACAAAAUCCAUGUCAAUUACCACAAGAAACUGUCAAUGAUGUGUUACUGUUCACAAAUCUGAGAAUUUCAUCUUGAAAUAAAAUGACUGGGGAAUUAGCA